CGGGCUGAAGGCGGCGGAUGCAGAAGCAGAAGCAACAGCAGCAACAACAGCCCGGCUCCGCCUCCGGGGAGGCUCCCGCAGCCCUUUUUACUCUGGCCGGGCCCCGCUUCCGCCUGCCGGCCGCUGCACCAAGCCAUGAAGGAAAAGAAGAAGGAGGAGGAGGAGGAGGAGGAAGGCGGCCCCGGCGCCAAGGAAAGGCAGCCCUUGCUCCGGCCGAAGCCGCCGGCCCCCUUCUCUCGCCCCGCCGGGAACGUUAAAGAUGGCCACGAGCUCUACUUCAACCAAGCUGUAGUAUUCAUUGAAGAUGCAAUUCAGUAUCGUUCCAUAAAUCACCGGGUGGACUCUAACUCCCUGUGGCUUUAUCGAUGGUAUUAUUCAGAAGUUUGCCAAAGGAUUUUGAUUGCUACCAUUACCCUAAUCUUGAUCCUUGCUUUCAUCGAAAAGCCUUCUUCACUAACUGUCACAUCAGAUGUGCGAUAUCGCUCGGAAGCCUGGGAGCCUCCUUGUGGCCUCACUGAGAGCAUUGAACUGCUUUGCUUCCUUGUCUUUAUAGUGGAUGUUUCCGUGAAGAGUUACCUCAUAGGCUGGGAAGGAUUUCGGAAAACCAAGUGGCUGAUGGCAUAUAUCCUAGUGCUAGUGGUCUCCCUUGCAGACUGGACUGUCUCCCUGAGCUCUUCCUGUGAUGAGGCCAUGCUGAAGUCCUUCCGUUUACAACGAAAUUUUAUCAUGGGAGAAUGGCAGAAACUUAGAAUAAGACGAAUCCUCCGACCCUUCUUCCUCCUUCAGAACUCUUCAAUGAUGAAAAAGACCCUGAAAAGCAUCAAGAGGACGUUGCCUGAAAUUACAAGUGUUAUGCUGCUAUUAGCGCUUCACCUGUUUCUGUUUACCAUGUUUGGCAUGCUGCUAUUUGCUCGAACAAAGGAUGCACAACAGGACAAAGAGUGGCAAGGCUAUUUUCAUAGCUUGCCUGAUUCAUUGACUUCCUUGCUUGUACUGCUAACAACUGCAAAUAAUCCAGAUGUGAUGAUUCCUGCCUAUUCAAAAAAUCGAGCAUAUUCCAUUUUCUUUAUAUUCUUCACAGUGAUAGGAAACUUAUUUCUGAUGAACUUGCUUACAGCAAUAAUAUACAAUCAGUUUCGUGGAUACCUUCUGAAAUCAGUUCAGUCUUCACUUUUCCGGAGGCGGUUAGGAAUCCGGGCUGCAUUUGAAGUUCUCUGCUCUUUGAAAGAGACACCAAUGAAUAAAAAUAUCUUUUGUGUCCAGUCUGAGGAGAUGAUUCAAGUACUCCAGAAAGUAAAAAUGGAUCCAUACUGUAAGGAAGCCAUCAUUGUGAAGCUGGAAUCGUAUCCUCCAGGUGGACUGUCCGCUGCUCAGUUCCAGACACUUUUUGAUGAACUUGAUACUCACAAAGUUAAAGAGCGCCCUGCCAUGCCAGAUUAUCAGUCACUUUUUCUACAGAAGAUUCAGCUUAUCUUUGGCCAUCACUACUUUGGGUAUUUAGGCAAUGCUAUAGCUUUAGCAAACGUUUUCUCUGUCUGUGUAAUCAUGGUAAUAGAUUCAGAUAAGCCACCUACUGAGCGGGAUGACUUCUUUUUAGGGGUUAUAAACUGUGUCUUCAUUUUCUACUACCUCUUGGAAAUGUUGCUGAAAAUAAUAGCGCUGGGAUUGAGAAGAUAUUUGUCAUAUCCAAGCAACAUCUUUGAUGGGCUUCUGACCAGUGUUCUGAUGGUUUUGGAGGUGUCAACGUUUGCUGUGUAUGGAUUUCCUCAUCCAGGCUGGCGUCCUGAAAUGUUGGGCUUGCUGUCUCUGUGGGACAUGGUCCGUCUAGCAAACAUGCUGAUAGUGUUCAGAUUUUUGCGUAUCAUCCCCAACAUAAAGUUCAUGUCUUUAGUUGCCAGCACACUGCUGGAUAUGGUGAAAAAUAUAAGAAGUUUUGCAGGGAUCUUAGUGGUGGCUUUCUAUACAUUUGCAAUAAUUGGCAUGGAGCUGUUCGGAGGUACCAUUGUUCCCAUGGGGAACAUCAGUGGGGUCAACAUAACAACUGGAAACACAACCUUACAGUGUGGCACAUAUGAACAACUGGAGUACUGGCCAAACAACUUUGAUGAUUUUGCUGCAGCACUAGUGACUCUAUGGGACGUGAUGGUUGUCAACAAUUGGCAGGUUUUCUUGGAGGCAUAUUCCAGAUAUUCUUCUCCAUGGUCAAAGUUAUACUUCGUCACCUGGUGGUUGUUUUCCUCUGUCAUUUGGGUUAAUCUGUUCAUUGCCUUACUUCUGGAGAAUUUUAUUCAUAAAUGGGACCGUCGCUGUCAUCGCCCAUCUCUCUCUGACAUUGAAUACCAAAUGACAAUGGAACUCAUGUUCAGGGAUGUUUUGGAAGAACCUACAGAAGAAGAACUGAUUGCAGAACUUCACCAGCAUCCACAUAUGCAUCUGUGUAGAUGAUACAUGGAUGGAAAUUGAUCCAUCCUAAUUUUUCCUACCAGCAGGGUUGUGGGAAUUUUUAGCUGAAAGCAAAAUACUGAAAGUCUUUCAUUUUAUUUUUGAAUGCUAUUAUAAUACAAAGGCCUCCAAAGAAUGCCACCUCUUAACUGGAUGGGCAUUUUUGGCUGGACUGGGGACUGGUUUUUAGUUCUGAAAAUGCACAAUAGUGAAGUUUAAAAAGCAGCUUUGAAGGUGAAAAUCUAUUUUCAGUGUUUUUCGGAAGGCAAGUGGGACUGUUUAGGGGAGAUUUUUUAAAAGUGAAAUUGUCAGUCCUGGAAGCUGCUAGACAUGGCAUGGCAUAUUAGCCUUUUUUUUUGCCAGUAUGUUUUUCAGAAUGGAGGCUGAAGGGACCUCAAGUGGGAUCCAGAAUAAGCUGUUUGAGGGCCACAUAGUACUUGUGGCCUAGAUUUUGCCCACCUGAUUUAAAACAUUUUUAAGUGACCAAUUUGAUUUUGUUUUAAGCUGACUUUUAUGGAACUCUGGAAUAGUUGCUAAUAAAAUCUGGCAGGUAAUGUGGCAGAGCAACUAAACAUUUUUUUAAAAAAAGCAAAGAACUGAUUUCAGUGAUGUUGCACUUUACAAUGGAAAGAAGUAGAAGAUUAUAACCACUGUACUGGGUUGCUGCUAGCAUUAAAAACAAAAAGUCCUCCAAUAGGAGAACCUUCUAUUCCAGUGUUUGUGUGGUGCCAGGGACAGUGCCUUAAUAUUGAGGAAAACGUUUUUAUAAAUCCUUGAUUUUUUAUCAAGCUGAGGUAAGAAAUCUCAUACUGAAAUUCAUGAUGUGGAUUAAAGGACAUUAUUAAGUUGCAUUAUAUCAGAAUGAAGAAGAAUGCAAUGCAUGUAAUAAGAUUGGUCAGAAUAUUCUUGCAGCCAAGUAGUGCUUAUGCACUAAAUCAUAAGUUACUAUAAAUACAGAAGGGACUGGGUUAGGAUCUUGCUAGAAGGGAGGGGACAGGAGACAGGGCUUUAGCUGCAGGUAACAGUACCAUAAAAUGUACCAUUAAAACAUUGCUAUCCCAAAUGAUGCAUAGACAGGUGUCCGUCUGUGACCCACUGGCUGCUAGUCCACAGCAAGGCUCCAAAAAUGAAAGCAAAUACAUCACAAAUGUCUGCCAUAUCUGCUAGCUUGGGAAACUGCAUUAAAACAGACAAAUAUAAUUUAGAUUGCCAGUGCAGAGUCAUAAUUUGCACUGUGACUGUGGUAGGUUAAAUAUAACCGUCUCCUGUUUCUGUACUGUAGGCUCCUGAGAACUUACUUUAGAGUAAAAAAGGAGAGAAAGCAGUUACCUAUAGUUUUGAAGUAACAAGUAGUUUUGGUCUGUGAGUACAACUACUCUAAGGUCAGGUGCUUGAAGAUUGUAUCCCACCUGCACCACUUUCUUUGACAUAUUUCAAACAUGGACAGCUUGUGGUCCUUCAGAUAUUUGCAGACCGCAGAUCUCGGCAGCCUUGCAGUAAUGAACAAGUUCAAGGAGUAUUGUUGCAGGUUUUCAUGGCUGGAAUCACUGGGUGGUUGUAGGUUUAUCAGGCUGUACGGCCGUGUUUUAGAAGCAUUCUCUUUUUGAAGUUUCACCUGCAUCUAUAGCAUGCAUCCUCUGAGAUUUUGACCUCACAAUCUCUGAGGAUGCUUGCCAUAGAUGCAGGUGAAACAUCAGGAGAGAAUGCUUCUAGAACAUGGCCAUACAGCCCGAAAAACCUGCAACAACCCAAUUGCAAAGAGGUGCAGUCCAACAGCAUGGGGAGGCCUGCAGUUAACCAUCCCUGAUAAAAACAAACAUUCCAGAGUCUCUACCCUUGUAUUAUGGAAAUGACUAGCUUCAUGUAUUGUUCUUCUUAGUUUGGUCUUGUUUUGGUAUUGGCAUUUGUGUAUCUCUCAGCAGUUUGGGAGGUAGAUGUAUGGAUGCUGGCUUUCAUAUAGACAUACCAUUGUCGAUUUGGGAGCCCUGGAAAAAAAAAUUUAAAUACAUCCUCAGGGAACAUCUGUACUACAUUGCUUAAUAUAUGGGGAAGUAUUUCUGUCUUGCAGUAAGGAGGAGACCACAACUUCCUGCAUCGCUUAAUGUGAAGCAAUUAAAGCAGUUUGAUAUCACCAUAACUGUCACAAUUCCAUCCUAUUCAAUCCUGAAAUGCUAGUUUCAUUAUGUAUUCAGAAUUCUCCGAAAUGGAGCUUUAGUGCCUCCUCAAACUUCAAGUUCCAGGGUUCAGUAUGAUUUAGCCAUGGCUCUUAAAAUGGAACCAAAGUGUUAUAAUUAUGUAGAGUGGAAGGACCCUGAAUUUGGACUGGCUCUACUGUGUUUUGGCAAAAAGCAGGGUUUUAUUGAUUUUUACUUCCAGAAUCCCCCAUGUUGUGGAUACAGCUAGGAGAUUCUGGAAGUUGUAGUCCAAAAAGUAACUUUUUCACGACAUGGCAAAUAAUCUUGAGAGUUGAAAUUUCAGUCUUUUUGUUUAGGCACUCCUAUGCUUCAUCUAAAUAUGAUAUAACUUAGGCCCUUUUGAGGUGCCUCUCUAACAAUCAACAAGCUGAAAUGGUAUGGAGAAAAUGAAUACAGAUACAACAGAAUAUAUUGGCAUGUCCAGAGAUCUUGAAUAAGUUACUGGUUGGGGUACAACUCCCAGAAUCCGCUAGCUAGCAUGGGGAUUGGUAAAGCCCUGCCCUCUCCUUUAAAUUGCCUACCAGACUGUCUGUGUACCAGGAGAACAGAGAUACAUGAUUUGGCAAAAGAAGAGAUACAUGAUUUGGCAAAAGAAGUCACACACAUAUCUAUAGCCAUUUCAUUUAUAAACUGCAUUUUCAUUGACACAUGCACAGGAACUUACAUUAUCUCAUGUUCGUAGAAAUAUCUAUGUGCUGCUUGUAUUGAGUUCUGUUACUUGGCAGAAUCUUUCCUCACCUGUAUUACAUCAAACUCAGGUAAAAGACUGCAUUUUUAAAUGUUUACCCUUGGAUACUUAGUGUAAAAAGCUAGCACAUCCUGGAGACCUAAACAUAUACCAUAAGUAAUAAGGACAGUAACACCAUGCAGGUUCAUUAUAUUCAAGCCUUCUCCUGGCAUGCUAGUUUUAUUUGCCCGGCUCUACGAUUUGUAAUUAUAGCAAGCAAAAUGGGUAAAAUAAACACAUAACAUUGUUGCCACUAUUUUUUUAUACUGUGCCUUCAUUCAAUUAAUAAGAAAUGGGCUACAUUUUUUCAUAGCUUAAUUUCAUUGUGUUGCUAUUUGAUUUUUAAAUGUAUGUUGCGAACAUACUUUACUUUACUUUACUUUACUUGAAUUUACUUGAAUUUUUCACCAUCUUUAAAAGAAAUUUGCAUUUUUCUUAUAUUUAUAAUACCAAUUGGGUUCUAAAUGUCUUUCUUUAUGUGAGGUCAUACUUGUUUCAAUGUUGCUGUUUGCUUUGUACAAUGUGCCCAAUUUACAAAUGCAAUAUACAUUCCAUUUCCUUAUUGCUGUUUUCAUAGAGAAAUCACUAAAAAGUAUAUAUUUUAUAGCUUUUUACUUCAUUUGUUCCAUAAAAGUAUGUUAUCAGCACAAGUCAUUUGUACUUGUUAAAAACAGUAAAAUAUUUUUGAAACCA